CGCUUCCGCUUCCGCUCAGUUCCUCCAAUCGGCCAUAUUCCGCCGAUCUGUCUCAACCCAGCCGCCGCUCCGUUGCCGUGAGCCCACCACAGUUUCAUUUCACAGGGGAUGGUCUUCCAUCUAUAACGAUACAAUUGAACAGAGUGAAUCGGGGGCAAGACAGGUGAUUUUAUCCAGAAACGCUGACAGAAAACGGGCCGAGAUGACGACGCGAUCGGAGAGGGAAAAGGCUCAGAAACUGAACGAGCAGCAUCAGGCCAUUCUGUCCAAAAUGCUGAGAGAGGAUGAUAACAAAUACUGCGCCGACUGCGAAGCCAAAGGACCUCGAUGGGCCUCUUGGAAUCUUGGUGUGUUUAUUUGUAUCCGCUGUGCUGGAAUACACCGGAACCUGGGAGUGCAUAUAUCACGCGUCAAAUCAGUCAACCUGGACCAAUGGACCCCCGAGCAGAUACAAAGUGUGCAGAGCAUGGGCAACACCAAGGCAAGACAGCUGUAUGAAGCUCAUCUCCCAGAAAACUUCAGACGGCCGCAAACUGACCAAGCUGUGGAGUUCUUCAUCAGGGACAAGUACGAGAGGAAGAAGUACUACAAUAAAAACGCUGUCAAUGGAACAAUUAAGUCCUCUGAUGCUGCUUUGCCUUCAAUAUCAUCUCCUCCUUCGCAAGCAGCUGAGAAAAGCAUCCUGGAGGAGAGAGAGAAGAAAAAGGAGGAGAAGAAGAGGGAAAAGGACACAGAUAAAGGGAACAAGCCAGCAGGUUUUGAGAAGAAAAGAGAGGACAACCAGACAGAUUCCAGAAUCAGUCCUAAGAAGAGUGCAGAGCCUGCCAUCGACCUGUUAGGCCUCGAUGCACCCACAGCCAGCUCUGCCAGCAGUGGGGCGGGAACAAGCAGUGCAGCACCAAUCAGUGACGACUUGGACAUCUUUGGACCAAUGGUAUCCAACCCUCUGCCCUCAAACACCAACACAAACCAGGUCAGUUCCAGUAAGGCAGCUGGGAACGCUCAGGCCAACCCCGCCGGAGGGGCUGUGGCAGGUGCUACGGGCACAGGAAGUGCUGCUUUAGCACAGGGUGAUCUGGACCUGUUCAGCGAAACCAGCGGGAGCAGCAAAGCAGAGGACUCGGCCAAGAAACCUCUCUCCAAGGACUCCAUUCUCUCCUUGUAUGGCUCCAGCAACGUCCCACAACAGCCUGCACAAGCAACUGCGAUGUUCAUGGGCCCAUCUCAGAUGCAGUUCCCUGCACAGCCACAGGGGAACUUCCAGGCCUUCCCUGGGAUGGGAGGAGCCAUGCCGCCCACUACUAUGAUGGGGGCCGUCAUGGGGCAGGGCGGUGCUAUGAUGGGCCAGAAUACGGGCAUGAUGGUUGGCAUGACGAUGCCUAAUGGUUUCAUGGGAAACGCACACCCAGGAGUAAUGGGCUUGGCCCCAGGCAUGAUGGGACCUCAGGGCAUGGUGCCCCCUCAAAACAUGUAUGCCAUGCAACCAGGUCAACAAGGACAGUGGAAUAUGGCACAGAUAAACCAACAGAUGUCUGGAAUGAACCUGAACGGUUCUGGUGCUCCAAUGGCAUUUGGGCCACCUGGUGCCCCCAUGGGCGGCUGGGUGGCACCCCCCUCCGGUCAGACCCUCAGCACCCAGCUCUGGAAGUAAAUGAAUGAGGGAAGAUGGAGGACAAGGGGCACCACAUCCCUCCAUCUCUCCUCUCCUCCUCCACCACUACUCGCACCCAGAGUUUUAUUCAUGUACUGUCAUUUUUUUCUCCUUUCUCUUUCCAACCAUACUCUGGAGAGCAUCGAUUCAACCUUCCCUGUUUAUUGAUCAAGUGAGCGAGAGUAUGGAGUGUAAGAGACUGGCAGCUUUGAGCGUCUUAUUUGCAAUUUUUU